CCUGCGUCACUUCCUACCGGCAGCUGCACUUCCGCUUCCGGGCGGAAGGGGGGCCGGCCCGGAAGUGACGCGCAGCGGUGGCGGCGGCGGCGGAGGGUCGCGGCCGCCAUGGGGGAGCUGAGCGACCUGGACCGGCAGAUCGAGCAGCUGCGGCGCUGCGAGCUCAUCAAGGAGAGCGAGGUCAAGGCCCUCUGCGCCAAGGCCCGGGAGAUCUUGGUGGAGGAGAGCAACGUCCAGCGGGUCGACUCCCCCGUCACUGUGUGUGGUGACAUCCAUGGGCAGUUCUAUGAUCUCAAGGAGCUCUUCAGGGUUGGGGGGGACGUCCCCGAGACCAACUACCUGUUCAUGGGGGACUUCGUGGAUCGGGGCUUCUACAGCGUCGAGACCUUCCUCCUGCUGCUGGCGCUCAAGGUGCGUUACCCCGACCGCAUCACGCUGAUCCGCGGCAACCACGAGAGCCGCCAGAUCACCCAGGUGUACGGCUUCUACGACGAGUGCCUGCGCAAGUACGGCUCCGUCACCGUCUGGCGCUACUGCACCGAGAUCUUCGACUACCUCAGCCUCUCCGCCAUCAUCGACGGCAAGAUCUUCUGCGUGCACGGGGGCCUCUCGCCCUCCAUCCAGACGCUGGACCAGAUCCGCACCAUCGACCGCAAGCAGGAGGUGCCCCACGACGGCCCCAUGUGCGACCUCCUCUGGUCCGACCCCGAGGACACGACGGGCUGGGGCGUGUCCCCGCGGGGGGCCGGGUACCUGUUCGGCAGCGACGUGGUGGCCCAGUUCAACGCCUCCAACGACAUCGACAUGAUCUGCCGGGCUCACCAGCUCGUCAUGGAGGGCUACAAGUGGCACUUCAACGAGACCGUCCUCACCGUCUGGUCUGCCCCCAACUACUGUUACAGGUGCGGGAACGUGGCGGCCAUUUUGGAGCUGGACGAGCACCUGCAGAAGGAAUUCAUCAUCUUCGAGGCGGCGCCGCAGGAGACGCGGGGGAUCCCCUCCAAGAAGCCGGUGGCCGACUACUUCCUGUGACCCCCCCCGGCCCCGCCCACAUCCCCAACGGGUCACCCGUGUCCCCUGGGGCCACCUAGGGCCACGACAGGGUCCCCCGCGUUCGUGGGAGACGUGGGAUGUCUCCUCCAAGAUGGCCGCUGCAGGUGGCAUCUCGGGAGGUUUGGAGACAUCACCGUGUUCUUUGUCCCCUCCCAGGCCACCACGGUGUCACCCGUGUCCCCUGGGGUCACCUAGAGCCACCCCAGGGUCGCCAUGUCCCCAGGAGAUGUGGGGAUGUCCCUUCCAAGAUGGCCGCCGCUGGUGGCAUCUCGGGGACAGUGUCCCUUCCGGGGCCACCACGGUGUCACCCGUGUCCCCUGGGGUCACCUCGAGCCACACCCCAAAGUGGCCUUGUCCUCUCCUGUCGUCCCCCUCGGGUCACCAUCCCUUGGGGACACCCUGGUCCCCUUCACGUCCCUUGGGGACACCCCAUGACCCUUUGGGCCCCCCCCAGGGUGGUCCCUUCCCUGCCCCCACCCCCACCCGUGUGUGUUUUGGGGUAAAAACGGGGAUUUUUUUCGAUGCCGUUUGUGCUCCUUUUAGAUAAAAAAACAUAAAAAACA